AUGAGCCCAACACUCUGGCUUGUAUUCCCUGAGCACCCACUCGCCACGCCUUCUGCUAACCCUGUCAACCAUUGCCACGUAAAUUUGCUUUUGUACGGGUGCCUGCGCGCAUGCAUAGGACAACUCUUGCUCAUGCCAAACGCAGCGCACGUGAAUGGCAAGGCAGGCGUGGGUGCAGCGAUGAGCAUCAUUCAGUGGGUGAUCUGCUCAACAGAUGAGAGCGUACCAGAUAUGGUGCGCGCCAUAACGAGAGGCAGAUUGGCGCAUGCAGCGGUGGAGAGCGUGGCGGGCGACCUCACGGGCGCAGUGCUCUCCUCCGUGCGUCCGGGCGGCACCGUGCUGCUCUUUGGGGGCGCAUCCGGGGCCACCUUCUCCGCCUCCAUUGGGGACUUCAUUUUCAGGGGUGUGACGCUCAAGGGCUUCUGGGUGGGCCCUUGCUUAAAGGCGCUGAGCCACGAGCAGCGGCAGGUGGUGGUGAGGGAGGCGUUUGAUCUCAUCGCCAAUGGCACCGUCACCCCGUUUACUGGCGAUAAAAUGGACCUCUCAGAGUUUGCCGCUGCUCUCAAGAACCAGAUGGUGGAGAACCGCCAAGGGAAGAUUCUCCUCUCUGGGUAG